AGAAUGAGGGAAAUUGGAAAUAAAAUGUUAUACAUAAGUUUGAGAUUACUCUGAGUAGAUUUAAUUUAAUAUAAAUAUAUCCAUAUAUGAUUCAUGCCAAAGAAUAUUAAUCUAACGAAUUACAAACAACUAUAGAUCCAGCCCUUGAACUAAAAAUUUAAAAACUAUAACAAAUAGCGAUGAAGUGACUCAGUGUAAAGUGACUUUUAUUAUAAUUUUAUAGAAGAUAGAAAUGUUUCCCAAAAGUUUAUUAUUACCUAGAGUAAGGCUAUGCAGAAGCUUAAACGUUGUAGGAUAUAGAUGUAACAAUUUAAAUAUAACAGUUGGAAUAAAUAACUAUCACAGUCUUAGGUGUCAUAACAUAAAGUCAAAAUUUACCUUGAAUAAUCGAUUACCCACAUUUUCCUAUUUACUGCAUUUGAAAUGUUAUUCCCAUGCUGAUGAUAAAAUUCAGGAUGAAAAUACCCAAAGGGAAAAAGAGUUAAAUAAUAUACGUCAGCUAUUUACACACCCUAGAGUAACUUUAAAUGAAUUAACUGCUAAGACACCAGAGAAAGUAUUUGAAAUACAUUAUAAGCAAGCUAAUGUUGCUCCAAAAGGGUCAAAAAAGAAGCCAACACACAAUGACUGGACCUGUGCUUAUUCUUUUGUGUGGCCGGAAAAGAUUAAGUUUGAAGGAAUAUCAAUAUCAAAACGACAAGCCGCAGAAAAGGCAGCCAUUCAAGCUCUACAUUGGCUGUAUAUAAAUAAACGGAUAGACAAAAAAGGCAACCCUGUAUAUGAUACAAAUGUGUUGAAAACUUUGAAGAGCACUAUCUAUAGUCCUAUACAAGGGGCGAUAAGUGAACGGUCUAUUGAGAAAAUUGAAGAAAUAUGGAAUGAUUAUGAGAGUGAAAUAAAAACGAUAUAUGAUGCCACGUUCAACUCUGCGAAACAGCGGCAUUACAAUUUUCCUGUUAGAGUGCAAAAGGACUCUUCGAUUGAUGAUGAUGACGGCAUUUUAGGGAGCGAAGAAGAGGACAAAACAAUAGAUUUCCGAACUCACAUACACCCAGUGUUUGGAAAAUUGAUAGAAGCGCCAUCUAGUGCAACUUUGGCGAGACGAGAACAAAAUUUGAAAAGGAUUUUCCAACAUUAUGGAGACUCUUUGACUCCACUGCCUAUUGAUCAAUAUGCAGAGGAAAUAACAUCUAAACUAGAAACAUCUCGCGUGGCGGUGAUCGUAGGGGCGGCUGGAUGUGGUAAAUCAACCAGGGUACCGGCAGCCAUUUUGAGAUACUGCGGUGUUGGAACUACCGCGAUUGUGUCAGAACCCAGGCGUGUAGCUGCUAUUGGACUAGCGCAGAGAGUCGCUGAUGAGUUAGGGGAAAAUGUUGGUCAAACAGUGGGAUACCAGGUCCGACUUCAAUCGAAACCGCCGCGGCCGCCAGCUGGUGCCAUUUUAUUUUGCACUUCUGGUGUACUCUUGCGCAGGUUACAAUUCAAUCCAGGACUCGAAGGAUGUACCCACGUGAUAAUAGACGAGGCUCACGAACGGGAUGUUAACACAGACAUAACGUUGCUUUUAUUGAAACGCGCACUCAAGAUGAAUCCUAAGCUUAAGAUUGUUGUCAUGAGCGCUACUUUGGACAUCGAAGUUUUUACAAGAUAUUUUGAAGACUGUCCAUUAAUAGAAGUCCCAGGUCGCACUUUUCCAGUAGAAGAUAAUUAUUUGGAUGAUGUAGAGAAACAAUUUAACAUAAAACUGAAGAAUGCCAGAGAAAAUUGUACUAAAGAAGAUGGCAAGCCGCUGAUUAAUUGUCAAGAGGUGGUAGAAGUCAUAAAAGCAGUUGAUAAUACGAAGACGGAAGGCGCGAUACUGGUGUUUCUCCCAGGUUGGGCUGAAAUUAAAAAGUGCAAGGAAUUGUUGGACCAGAUCUAUAAUGAUGGAACGCAUCUUAUAUUGCCCGUGCAUUCGAGAUUAUCAACAGCAGAUCAAACAAAAAUGUUCAAUAAACCACCGCCAGGCGUUAGAAAGAUAGUUCUUUCCACAAAUAUAGCGGAAACAUCGGUCACCAUUCCCGAUGUGGUUCACGUGAUUGAUACAGGCGCUCACAAAGAAAACAGAGUCAAACAGGGCACCGGGACAGCAAGCUUGGAAACAGUAUGGGUGUCCAAAGCGGGGUCAAAACAACGCGCUGGGAGGGCGGGACGAGUUCAGCCAGGCUCCUGCUACAAACUGUAUACAAAAGAGAAGGAGGCUGAUUUGACACCUCACACGACUCCAGAAAUAUUAAGGAUACCAUUAGACCAAACAGUGUUGGAUUGUAAGACCUAUGCACCGGAUGAGAAAGUGGAAGAUUUCCUCUCACAACUUCCGCAGCCUCCGAGCAAGGAUUCAUUACGAUUCGCUGUCAAUGACCUCAUAGAUUUAGGGGCUCUUUCAAAGACAGAGCAAUUGACCCGUCUAGGAGUACUGGUGUCCCACCUGAACAUAUCUCCUCGUCUGGCCAGGGGCGUAUUGCAUUCGGCCAUUGUUGGGAAUGUCGUCGCUGCGGGGAAUUUGGUCGCCCAUUGUUCUGAUAAUGUCGAAGUUUUCGCGAAUGCGGCGGACAGGAAAGAUGAGAUUCGCAACAUAAAGCGAAAAUUUAGUUUGACGUCCGAUCACGCGGCCUUACACUGGAUUCAGGACUCCUUCGAGCAAAAGCUGGAGGAAGUUGGAUGGAGAGAAGUGGAUGGAUGGUGCGACAUGUACGGUUUGAGGAAAGACCGGCUGGCGUAUGUUAAAUCACUCUCAACCCUACACUUGGAGCACUUACUUAAAUGUGGUAUGUUAGAGAAAAAUCCAGAAGUAGAGGAUCUAAAUAGAUAUUCGAAUAUAGACGAGAUGACGUCAGCGAUACUAUUAUCCGGAUCUAAUACAAUACUUUUCACAAAGAAAAUGGUGAAAACUAAAGGGAAAUUGAAGACAGCGGUGGAAUUGUUUACAAGUUUAGGCGAACGCGCCCAUAUAGGCGGCGAAAGUAUUAACUACGGAAUAACUAAGCGCAAACACAAUAGCAAUUUACUGACUUAUUUCGGAGGAUAUCAUUCGAUUGAACGCCGAGCGCUGGUCGUUCAUAAGACGACUUUGAUAUCACCCUUGACUGCUCUACUCUUCUCUAUGGGAGACGUCCAAAAGAAAGUCAGCGUAGAAGACACGACAGAUUUGUAUUUGCCAAAACACAGACUAACAAUCGAAGUGCCGACAAGCCAAGCAGAUCACAUACUACGUCUAAGAGAAAUGUUAUGGAACUCUUUCGAAUACUACAUUGAGAGAAAUAUCAACGGAAUUGCCUUCGAGGAGUUCACGAAGACGUCCGCAUUCAAAAAUACACUUAUGAAGAUUGUAGCCAGUGUAUUAGUUGAAGGAAAUAGCGAAUAUGUUGAGAAAUAUAUAAAUAAUACUGAUUUUAGAUAAUAAAAAUGCCAU